AUGGCAGGCGGAGGGACAACGGGGCCAUUACUGUACGCGGUUUUCGCGGCAGUACUUGGCAUGCUCCAAUUUGGCUUCAACACCGGAGUGAUCAAUGCACCGAGAGAGUUCAUAGAGAAUUUCAUCAAUGAAAAUUAUAAUGUUAACUCUGAUACUAUAUUUAGCGUUAUUGUUAGUAUAUUUGCCGUCGGUGGUAUGAUCGGAUGUCCACUAGCCAGUUGGGUGGCGGAUAAACGCGGUCGCAAAUUCGCUUUAAUCGUCAAUGCAGCCUUUGGUGUAGUGGGAGCUGUUUUUAUGGGCUUUAGUAAAAUUUCCACAUCACUAGCCAUGCUAAUUAUUGGCCGGUUUCUAAUUGGUAUCAACUGUGGGUUUGCAACCACUGCGUCUCCCACAUAUGUUUCUGAGAUUGCUCCGGUGAGACUACGUGGUGCUUUUGGAACUGUAAACCAGUUAGCUGUUGCAUUUGGUUUAGUUGGUGGUCAGAUUCUGGGUAUUGACGUGAUAUUGGGAAGUAAUGACGGCUGGCCAUGGUUACUUGGACUUGCUAUAGUGCCAUCAGCGGUCCAAUUCUUUAUGCUGCCUUUUGCACCGGAAUCUCCCCGAUAUCUGUUACUCGUGCAAAGAGAUGAAGAAAAAGCAAGGAGCGCACUUUCUAAAAUUAGAGGAACUGCCGAAAUCGAUGAUGAAAUCAAAGACAUGCAUGAUGAAGAUCACGCCGAGAAACAAGAAGAAAAAUUCACAAUUUGCGAUUUAUUCCGCAUUCAACACUUGCGGACACCUUUAAUCAUUGGUGUCGUUAUGCAUCUGUCACAACAAUUGGGUGGCAUUAACGCUGUUCUCUAUUAUUCAUCAACUAUCUUUGUCAGUGCCGGAUUAUCAGAAGGAGAUGCACGAUUAGCUUCGAUUGGUGUUGGAAGUAUGUUGUUUAUUAUGGCUUUAGUAUCCAUUCCACUAAUGGACCGUCUCGGAAGACGCACCUUGCAAUUAUGGGGCCUCGGGGGCAUGACAUUGUUCUCAAUACUAAUGACAGUCGCAUUUUUCACGUACGAAGAUAACACUACAAUGAGCAUAUUUGCUGUUUUGUUCACUCUAUUGUAUGUGGCGUUCUUUGGCGUUGGACCUAGUUCUAUACCGUGGAUGAUUUUAUCCGAAUUGUUCGGGCAAGGGGCAAGGAGUGCGGCAGUUAGUGUUGGAGCUUUAGUUAACUGGUUCGCUAACUUCAUUGUAGGCCUUACGUUUAUCCACUUAUCUAAGUUAUUGGGUAAAUUUGUAUUCUUGCCAUACACUGUAUUGUUAAUUAUAUUCUUUGUAUACACUAAGUUUAAAUUACCAGAAACGAAGAAUAGAACGAUUGAGGAGGUCACGGCUUUGUUUAAGAAA